AAGCCUGAGAAGUGGGAGGCUUUUUUUCCCCCUCUUCUCCUCCCAAACUUUGCCUACCUUCUCUGAAAGUUAUGACAAACCUCAGUGUGACUGGCCGGAGACGAGCCAGAAGAGCUGUGUGAAGCAGGAAGGAGGAAACCUCCCUGAGCUCCAGCUGCUCCCGAUCCCUUAUAAAGUGACCAAAGCAGCCUGGCACGUAUCGGAGAUUUUUGGCACUGAGAGGGUUCAGACCUGAACAAUGACCCAAUCGGUGCAAGUGAAUCCAAAGGUGCCUGACUUAGGUUCUGCAUUCGUCUAUUCCAGUCAGGAAGAUGCCGACCAGUCAGGCUCUUACUCUGUCCAGACUCCUUAUGGAUUCCAGCUCGACCUGGACUUCCUUAAAUACGUCGAAGAGAUAGAGAGCGGCCACAACCUCCGCCGGGCCCCCCUCAGCUCCCGGCGUCCUGGACGAGGACUGAAACUUUCCCAGAGGAGUCCGAGUGUUGGGGGACGCACCAGCGGCUGGACAUCCACAGAAUCUCUUUCCUCCCCAAUCAGUGAAGAUGGUAGAGUUCCUCCUCCGCCGCCGCCGCGCAAUCGCCUCGGCUCAGCGCCCUGUGACAUGCUCUCCAUUUCCCCCGUAACCCUCCUCAGCAUGCCUCCCCUUUCUGCCGGGGCCAAAGUGCCUCCGCCUCCGCCACAGCGAAACCCAAGAGUCGAGCGGACCCUCCUGGAAACCAGCCGACGGCUUCAGCAGGAGCAAACCCACCAGCACCAGAACGGUGGGCGCCUCCAGCUCGCGGAUCCUCCCAAACAGCUCCCACCACCCCUAUCUAUUCCGCCUCUGCAGAGCAGCUGGACCAAACCCAGCCCUCAGACCUCUGGGCGCAGCACUCCAGCUGCUGGCACCACAGUGACCCCGAUCCCACCCAGCCAGCUGCAGACAGUUAGAGAGCAGAUGGCCACGGCCUUAAAGCAGCUGAAGGAGAUGGAGGAAAGGGUGAAGGGUGUUCCUGCUCUUGAGAAGGAGCUGGCCACGCUUCGUGCAGAGAAAGACAUGCUGCUGUUGGCCUUGGAGGAGAGGAAAGCGGCCAUGGAGGUUUCCCAGCAGAAGCAACAGUCUAAAGAGUCUGCGACGCAAACGACCGAGACCCUCCAGUCCGACCACAGCCGAGUGACUUCGUCAACCACAGCCGGACACAAAGGCCUCGUAAAAUCUGGGGAGCUGAAAAGACUGGCGGAGAAGUUUGAGGGAAAGGAGCUGAAGUCUCCCCCACCCUUAUCUAAAGUUUUGCCGCACUCUGCGGAAAAAGAUAAGAAAUCUGUUGCUGUUGGGGGUGACGCGCCAAUGACCUCUGUAGUUUUCUAUUACAGGAGCGGCGUGAAAGAUGCAUCUGUGGGCACGGAGGUGGGAGUAUGUGAUAAAAGCACAGAAAUGGAAGCUGCCGCGGUCCACGAGCAGGCGACGCAGGUCAAAGCGGCGACGAAGGAGGCUGAAGUUUGGGUCAUGGAGUCGCUGCUUGGGCUGACUACAGAGGCGCAGAGGGAGAUAGACACUUUACAGGACACCAUUAAGUUCCAGCAGGAGUCCAUAGUAGCCUUAGAAAAUCGCCUUACUGUAGCCGACGAAGACGUCAACAACCUCAGAGCUCAGAUUGAUGAAAGAACCUCUAAAGUCACAGUAGAAAGGGGAGCCCUGGCAAAACCAGACGUGAGAACCGUCCAGGUAGAGACUUCACCGUCUGUGUUAAAUCAUACCGGCACCAUGUGCCAUCCGGAGGUGACAGACGUUUGUGUUGGCAACGACUUGGACACGGAUCAGACGGAGCAGGGCACGCAAACCGAUGCCGCGGUGGUGCCAGAACCGGCACCCGUGGAGCGGGUCAGCGUUGGGUGUCAGUCGGAAGUCAUGAGUGGUGAAAAUCCCGAGGAGCAGAAGGUUACAGUGCCAAAGAAGAGACAGCUGACUAUUGCUGAAUACAAGGUAUCACCAGAGGAAGAGGUGGUUGGUGCAGAGGAGAGAAACACAGGAGAGCAAGAGGAGACCAGAGCCAGCGACACAAAAACAGGUAUGUUGAAAUCAAUCAUGAAGAGGAAGGAUGGGAGUAACUCGAGCGAGAAUCGUAAGAAGAGCCUGCAGUUUGUUGGGAUUCUCAAUGGAGGGUAUGAAUCCACCUCCAGCGAGGAGGAGGAGGAGGAGGAAGAGGAGGAGGAGGAAGUUGGGAGUUCUUCUGGAGAAAGUGGAGAAGGCGAGUGCUUGGAUAGUACAGAGGAAGAUGAGGCCGCAUUGGAGGAAGAAACGUCUGAGGAGGAAAGAAAUGUCAACCUGGAUGAGAGCGACACGGAUGAGGAAACGCUGAGAGCCACGAGUUAUUCAUCAGACGCUGUGAAAGAAAAGUUUGAGUUCAGCUCAAAAAUGCGUGAAGCCUGUCUCAUUCUGAAGAACCACCUGAACGACGACGUGAAAACGCUGAAGAGUAAGGAAGUGCUCUCCAGCACCCACACGGUCCAGCUUGAGUGGUUCCGGGUGUCCAGUGCAAAGAUGGCUCAGCCGCCGCGGGUCUCCGACUACCUCAUGGCCUUCUCCGAGGUUUCCUCAGCGCUGCUGGAGCACGUUGUCAACAUGACGGACGGCAACGGCAACACGGCUCUUCACUACAGCGUCUCCCACUCCAACUUCGGGGUCGUCAGACUGCUGUUGGAUACUGGUGUGUGCUGCGUGGAUAAGCAGAACAAGGCGGGCUACACGGCCAUCAUGCUGGCUGCGCUCUCCACUGUAAAAGAAGAGGAAGACAUGGCUGUGGUGAAGAAGCUCUUCAGUCAGGGCAACGUCAACGCCAAGGCCAGCCAGGCAGGCCAGACGGCGCUGAUGUUGGCGGUGAGCCACGGACGGCAGGAGAUGGUGCAGGCCCUGCUCCAGUGUGGCGCCGACGUAAACAUUCAGGACGACGAGGGAUCCACGGCUCUGAUGUGUGCCAGCGAGCACGGCCGCGCCGAGAUCGUCAAACUGCUCCUGGAACAGCCUGGCUGCGACAUAUCCAUCGUGGACAAUGAUGGCAGUAAUGCUCUGUCCAUUGCACUGGAGGCGGCUCACAAUGACACAGCUGUGCUUCUCUAUGCCCAUAUGAACUAUGCCAAGACCCAGACUGCUCUGGGGAGUCCAAAGGCCCAACCGAGGAGCCCCACAAACCCCCACAAGUCCUGGCCCGCAGAAUGACACCAUCCCUGCUGUGUCGAAGCAGGGAGACCAGCAAACACAGCUGGAUCUGGGAUGUGAAAAGCUCCACUGGAAUUUACUUAAACACAUUUAUUUAAAUACAUACGUAUUGCUAUAUGUUCUGCAUUUAUAAGUACUGUUGAUAUGAGAAUACUAUUUUUCCAUAAAAGUUGUGGAUGGUGAUAUUAUGUACUCACCGAUUCAACUGAAAAUAGUCUUUUUUUUCUGUAAUGGGAAAUAAAACAUUACAUUAUUUGCACAUUACUAACAUUUUACUGUUAAGAGCAGCACACUCACAUGUACUUAAUGAGGCAUAUACAAGUCUUCACUGUUUUACAUUAAGUUUCACUGAUUUACAGAUGCAACGAAGAUCCUAAUUAUCUCCUGUGAGUUUAGCCGACGCUAAACCAAACUACAAUGCUGAUGUGUGCUGCUCUCCUCUUGCUUUCCUAUCCUGUCUUAUUUAAUGUAGUGCAAAGCACCUCCCUCCUGUACCCUUGCUAAGGCUGUAAAAGUGUUGGCCAGAAUGAUUUACACGCCUACAUUUUAAGCACAGAAUUCAAAAUAUUUUGAGAAAAUUGUUAAAUAGAAUUUUAUGCUUAAAAAUCAGACGUCAAAGAUUGUGAUCAGCACUGUAUGUUAAAUAUAUAAAUAAAUGAUAUAUUAAAUAAAUAUAUUUACAUAAAUUUGUCACCUAAAA